AUGGUUUCGUUCUACGACCAAGCUUGCCGCAUACAACUAAUGUCACAAGUGCAGAACUCGUCAUCAACGAAUGAGGAGGAUCGUGCUUCGCGAGAUGUCUUAGCACACGCAUUUGAUCACUCCCAAACUUCUGUUCUAGUGCAAAUCCACGAAAACAGCAGUGCAAAGCACUCCGAUGUGGAGUUAGAAACAUGCUGCGAAUUCAUCCAUCAGAUGUUCAUUCAAGACAAGAACUUGAUGAAGCUUGUACUUUUCCAGACUUGGCCCAUCGAUAUGAUCCGUCCGCUCGUCGAGAACAUACCAUCAAUGUUUGUGGCAACGGAAUAUAUUCAAGAAAUGCUGGCUUUACCCAACAUGAAAAGGCGUAUCUUUGCAGUGUGUCUUAUGGCUGAAGUUGGUCGAAAGUAUCGUUUGCCCGAAUCCGCUGUUUCAUUGAAUAUGGUGAUUGAUACCUUGAACAGCCUGUUGAAGUUCACUCAAAUGCCAGGGAAUCACGCCCUUUUUACAGCGAUAACGCCGUCUUUAGGACAUAUUGUACCGGUCUUCCCACAGCUUGCACCUCUGGUUUCUGCGCUUAUGCUUCGAAUCUCGUCAGUAACUCGUGCACAAUUGGCGAUGAACUGUCUUGAUGCUCGCCCACAAGGCAGUCGAGAGAGGCGGCUAGUUAAUGCUGUUGAACGUGUUCUCAGCUCACGGGUGUUCACCACGGAUUGA